AUGGAAGCAUCUGUUUCAACUCCAGAUCAAAAAGAUAAUUGGUAUUUUGCUCGAAUGGCCCGAGCCAGUUUUGAAGAGAAGACACUUGAUGAGAAGAUUGAUCCUGAUCUACGAAAACAAAUGAGCUUGGAGUCAUUAAACAUCUUCUCCGAGACAGCUUAUUUUUGCCUGAAAGAGAAACGGUCAGAACGUUUAAAUUCGAAAAAAGUUCUCGAACGACUUGAACUAGCAUUGGAACUUCAAAAGAAACUAGAUCAAAGUCUUGAACCUCCGGAAGGUGUAUUAUCCAACCACUUGAAGAUGCAAAAGUUGGAUCACUUGAGAAUUCAAUUGACUGAUAUACGACUAAAGACCAACAAUUUUUCUAGCACAUACUGCAUUGGAUCCGGUGGGUAUGGUAUGGUCUACAAAGCAAAACUUGACCAUUUUAAUAGCAUAAGCUCACCAACAACUACAAAUGGCGAGAAUAAAGCUGAAUUGCCAGAAAAGGAUAGCACUAUAGCUAUAAAACGUCUUUUUCCCAGGAUAGAUGGGCAAGCUGAACAAGGGUUCUUAGCUGAAAUUGAACUACUUAGCAAAUGUAAGCAUCCAAAUAUAGUCUCUCUUACUGGUUUUUGUAACGAAGAAACUGAGAUGAUUUUGAUUUAUGAGUAUGCAACUAAUGGAAGCCUUGAAGCGUAUUUGGGAAGCAACCAUAAGAUUAAUCUUAGUUGGGCUCAACGUAUAAAAAUAUGCAUCGAUAUUGCAUAUGGAUUACAAUAUCUUCACAAAGUUACAGAAGACAAAGAAUGCAUAAUACAUAGAGACAUAAAGAGUGCAAACAUUCUAUUAUAUGAUAAGUGGGUGGCGAAGAUUGCAGACUUUGGGCUCUCCAAGUUACACCCUACAUAUAACCAAUGUAGCACCUUCAUCAGUUGUAAUAUUGGUGGUACAGAAGUUUACAUGGAUCCGGAAUAUCUAGAAACGGGUAAACUGAAAAUUCAAUCGGAUAUUUACUCUUUUGGAAUAGUUUUACAUGAAAUAAUCUCUGGGAACUUGGCAUAUGACAAAAUGUACCAUACAACGAGCCUUCCAUCAAUAGCACGUCAAUGCAUUCAUGAUAGAACUAUAGAGAAAUUGGUAGAUCCACAGUUGAAGGAGGAAGCUGAUGAAAAUAUUCCUGGGCUAAACGAUAGGCUCAAUCACGAUUCGUUGUACACAUUUUUAAUAAUAGCUAGUCAAUGUGUGGAAAAAGCUCAAGUUGACCGUCCAACAAUAGAAGUCAUCAUCAAAGAACUUGAGAAAUCUUUGAACCUUCAAGAUAACAAUAACAGGAAGGACAAUUUUCAAAUUUCACUUGAAUCCAUAAAACUGGGAACACAAAACUUCAGUGACUGCAACUCAAUUGGAAAAGGAAGAUUCUGGAGGCUGUAUGAGGGAGAAAUUUCACUUGCAAAUGCUAAUGGACAUACCCCCAUUGUUGCAAAGAGAUUUGAUAGCCGGUCGGAUGAAGGAAACUCUCAGUUUAUCACAGAGUUGAAAGUUCUGUUUGAGUGUAAGCACAAGAAUAUCGUUGGACUUGUAGGGUAUUGUAACGAAAUGGGUGAAAAAAUAAUUGUUUAUGAGCAUGCUUCUAAUGGAACACUCGAUAAGCAUUUGGGCAAUGCUGAUCUUACAUGGAUGAAACGCCUCAAUAUAGGCCUCGAUGUUGCCAUGGGAUUGGAAUAUCUUCACAAAGGUGGCAUUACUCCGAUAAAACAUAGAGAUAUAAAAAGCAGUAGUAUUUUACUUGACAGUGAUUGGAGGGGUAUACUUUCAAAUUUAGAAGAGGUCUCAUAUACAGUAGAAAACAAGAAAUCUGCGGAUAUCAAUGAUAAUGAUGCAUAUGGCUCGCUGAGCUACUUAGACCCACGGUAUAAAGAUUGGGGUUUUUUAGAUAAAAGUUCAGAUAUGUAUUCGUUAGGUGUGGUUUUAUUAGAGUUGUUGUUGGGGAGAUUGGCGUGUGUAGAGGAAUUUGAGGGUCACACUAAGUCGUUCGUCUGUUUUGAGAGGAUUUUUGAGGGUAUAAAGGAACAAAUUGUGCCACGAUCACUGGAUGCAUAUUCUGCCAUCAUAUAUAAAUGCCUCCAAUAUGCUGAUGAUUGUCGCCCAAGUGCUAGCGAGUUGGUUGAAGAACUUACGUUGGCAUUGGCAUACCAAGUGGAUCCCCCAAGGUCAAAGACCUUACCAAUAAGUCGCCAACCCUAUUAA